GAAUGUUUUGGUUCAUCACCUCAAGCCUCUGAUAGUUACACACCUGUAUCAGCUGAACUCAUUCUUUACAUCUUCGCCUCCUCUCACUGAGUGUCGCACGGACGAUACAUUCCAAAGCACCGAAACGCAGCCACUCACAUACUCACUAGUCCAUUUAUACGACGGAACCAGCUUUGUACAACGAACAAGAAAACAACGAAAUAAUAUGUCAGAGGAGAUUGCUGCCCAGAAUGGCGCGACGGUGGGCGAGCGGAUCGUGGUGGGGUACGCGCUGCGGCCCAAGAGAGUAGCGAGCUUCAUUCAGCCCGAGCUGCUAGCGCACGCGCAAGCCUGCGGGGUGGAGUUCGUGGCGAUCGAUCCCAGCCGUCCGUUGGUUGAUCAGGGGCCGUUCAACAUGGUCCUGCACAAGCUCGAGGGCGAGGAGUGGGCGGCGAAUCUGGGCGCGUACGAGCGAGCGCACCCGGAGGUGGUGGUGAUCGACGAGUACGAGAGCGUGCACAAGCUGGACGACCGCCGCGAGAUGCUGGAGGCCGUCGCGCACGUGGACGCGUCCGAGCACGGCGCGCAGGUGGACGUGCCGAAGCAGAUCAUCGUGGAGCGCGGCACGCCGCCCGAGGACGUGGCGCAGAUACUGCAAGACGCGGGCUUCUCCCUGCCAGCCGUGGCGAAGCCCCUGGAGGCGAACGGCACGACGAGCUCGCACACUCUGGGGCUAGUGCUGGACGAGCGCGCGCUGCUGCAGCUGCAAGCGCCCGUGCUGCUGCAGGAGUUCGUCAACCACGGCGGCAUCCUCUUCAAGCUCUACGUGCUCGGCGACAAGAUCAUGGCCUUCCGCCGCCAGUCCCUGCCCGACAUCCCCCCGCGCGACCAGUGGGCGCCCGCUGCGGAUGCUGAUGCGGAUGCUGAUGCCGCUGCGGAUGUGGCCCCCGAGGUUCCGCCUAGCCCCUCACAGGGCAAAUGGGACUCUCUACGCAGGGGCGUGGGCAUAGUGGAGUUCAACCGCAUCUCCAACGUGCACCUGAGCGAGGAGGAGCUGCGUGACUCUCGCGUGACGGACCCCCCGCCCGCCCUCAUGCACGACCUGGGAGCGACCCUGCGGCAGCACCUGCGCCUGCACGCAUUCAACGUUGACAUCCUCCGACAAGGCGGCCACGACGACAGGUACUUCGUGGUGGACAUCAACUACAUGCCCGGGUACGAGCGCAUCCCGGACUUCCCCCAGUUCUUUGUGGAGUUUGUGCAGCAGACCGUGCGCAAGCGCGCCGCGCACCUCGCCCACCUCACCGCCUCGUCCUUCGGCUCCGUCGCACCAGCAGCAGCAGGAGGAGCAGCAGUGGCAGCCGCUGAUGCAGUAGCUGCAGUGGCGAGUGCGGGGAGUUUGCGGGGUGUGUGGAGUUCGGGGAGUGUGGGGGGUGUGGGGAGUGAGGGUUUGGAGCUGGGAGAGGAGGAGCGGGCGGAGUUGAUUCGCAAAGAGCUGGAGGUGCAGGAGGAGGCGGUGCAGAUGCCCAUGAUGCCGUACCCCGUGCUGCAGGGGAAGAAGAAGUGGGUGUAUGUGCGGGCUGCCAUGAAGCUCCGCGGACUCAGCAAGCCUGCUGGUGGAGGCAGUGGUCAGGAGUCGUGAGCACGCGGAUGCAUGGAGCUCAUUACGGUAUCAUAUGGCUCAUGCUUCUGACAUUCUCUACAUGCAGUAUUAUAUCUGCCAGAUGAUGGAUAGAGCGACAGAAAUAGUGAGAUGAAUGCAGAUGUGAAUAUAGCUGUGACAUUUGAAUGAAGCCCUUGGUGGAGUGUACAUACCCGUAAUCUCCCGGCAUGAUCACCCUAGGUCUUGCUAAAAA